AUGGACACAGAAAACAUCGAGUCGCUAGUCGACGAUCUAACAGGCAACGUCGACGACCUCGAAGAGUCUCUCGCUCCACUGCUGAAAACCGCACUUUCCACCAGCACAUCCAAACUCCCACUCCUCGACAAAGCAAAACUCUACGUCCUAGCCACCUACGCGAUCAACUCAGUCCUCUUCUCCGCUCUGCGACUCAACGGUGUAGAUGCUAAAACGCACCCAGUCUUCCAAGAACUGAAUAGAGUGAAGGAAUACUUCGCGAAGAUUAAGGCUGCUGAGAGUGUAGGACAGAGGCGGACUACAACCGUCGACAAAGAUGCGGCAGCAAGGGCGGAGAGACAGGCGAGGGAACGCAAUGGAGCGAAGAGGAAGUUGGAGGAUCUGGCUGUGGGCACGCAUACGAGAUUUGAUGGGGCUGCGAAGAGGAUUAAAGGAAAUGAGGAGACUGUGCCUAUUGUGCGGUCGGAGGAGGUCAAGGAGGACGAUGCUCAGGGUGGCAUGGCAUUGAAUUCUGCUGAAGCUGAAAAGCGUGCCAGAAAAGAAGCGAAGAGGCAGCGGAGGCAGGAACGUAAGGCUGCCGAGGAGAGUGAUGCUGAGACUGGCUCACCCGGCACAGCUACGGCUACGAUCGCAUCGAGACCGCGUGCUGGACCGAAGUCGACGAGUGAGAUCUUUCAGGCUUUGCAACAGGGAUCUUUGCCUGGAGUGGAUGACAAGAAGCCUAAGAAGAAGAAACGGAAGUCGCGCCAUGAUAUGGCUAAAGAUCUGGAGGAUAGACGGGCGGAUGAGAUGAAGUGA